AUGGAAGCAGGUCUCACCGAUAAUUGCGUGAAGAUCUCAUAUGCAAAUCGGCCAUUAGCUAAGUUACCCGGAAGAGAAUUAUUCAACAGAGAUUUUUUCAACAAGGAAAAGUUUUGUUGGAUUGGCGACUACACCUCGAUUUUUUCAUAUCACUUUAUUUCAUCAUCAAACAACCAAAAGCACGAUACAAGGUUUUCGACAUCCACCAAAUAUACGACUAGUAUUUCGAACCGCGACCAUAACUUUGAUGUCCGCGGCGCUGCUUGGUUUUGUCGAACCGAAGAAACCACAGCGGAUGUAUUCUUUUUGCUGCGAACUUCAUGAAGCUGUCGAACGAAUCAAUGCACAAUCCGCAUGACAAAGUGCUUGCGGCAAGAUGAGCUGUGGAAUUUGUGUUGCAAAAAACCGCGAUGUUCUAACCGGCCGGGGAAGAGAAAUAGAUGAUGAUGAGAUGAAGAUAAAAGUCGAUG